GCAGCCUUCUAACGUUUAUUAAUAGAUUCUAUCAACAUGGCGCAAGCGAACAUGGACCCAAAAAAAAAACACGCUACAUACAAUUUCUCCGAGGUAGCGGAGUACCUGCGAUCCAAUUCGCUGCCGCCUCCGGUCAUACACCGCCCAAUUUUUUUUCUUUCGAUUUACACACCAAACUCAAAACGGCGUCGGAUGGCGCGCGGCCAUCUCGACGCUGUGCCCCGUCGCAACCGUGCCCGCACCCGUGGCCGUGCUGGGCGACCCGGGCAGCGGCGCAAGGCCCAUACUCCCCAGGACCUCCUCCAUGCUCGCCACGCUCGCCACGCUGCGCGACAGCCGCGCGGACUCGACACUGAGCUUGUCCCGGCGGUGGCCGGGCGACGCCGACGACGACGGAGGCGGUAGGGGGAUCGGCUCGGCGGGCUCGGGCGACGCGCUGUACGCGGGCGGGUUGAUGCGCUGCCGGCGAUCGAAGUAUCCGCCGUCCUCCGCGACCUCGGGGAUUGCCGGCGGCGGCGGGGAGCUGGGGACCGACACGGGACGCUGCGGCGUGCUGAGCGUCGACUCGGAUGUCUUGCGCGGAAUCGGAGGCGGGACGGCUGUGUGCGGGAAAGGGUCGAUCGUGUGUAGCGCAACUGGCAGCGGGGACAGCGUCCGUGGCGGGGAGGCACUCGUCUCUGACAUGUAGGACACCGAGGUGAUGCUGUCCUGCGGCGUAUGCCCUGUUGUUGUCGUGUACAUGGUGGUGGGGCGCGCCGAGGCAGACCCGCCAAGUGACACCGACGGAAUGAGCCCCGCCCCCGACUUUGUAGAAAGGUCAGAGCGUGAUCGCGUAUGGUACAGAGGCCGCGGGCCGCUCCUAGCGCGCAAAGUCGCUUGGCGCUUGGUCCAGAGCCAAUAAACGAGGUACGCGCCCAGCAGCAGCACGACCACGCCGCCAACGACUCCCCCGGCAAUAGCCCCCGUCGGUACUUUGCUCCCGCUCACGGGCACUUGACCGGAUCCGGGGACGAGGUCAGGGUUGUCUGUGGGCUGCAUUAGGGAAACAGCUGCGGACAUCACCCGGGAUACGCACUCUCGUCAUGCAGCGCCUGCGCCUGUGCGGUAUCGAAGCGGCCAUUGUCCCACGUCGUAGCUAGCAGUCAGCCGUCAGCAAGCAUCGCCGCUAGACAGGACACCACGGCACGCACGAUCGACACCAGCCCAGGACGGAAUCACCGUCCCGGCAGGCAACGUCACAUUCUGCGGGUAGUACGUGUCGGACACCAGCCCGCCGCAGCUCGCGUCGUACGCGGCCCAGUUGUCGAUCGCCGAGUCGAAGCCCUGGCACGCCGUGCACGCGCUGAGCAGGUUGUACGCCGUCCACGAGCUGCGCGCCGUCGUCAGCCAGCUGCCGCCGUCCCCCACACAGGAAGACGCACCAGGUGCACAAGUUCGCCGUGGUCGCGUUCGGCGCGGUGUAGCCCUGUCCCGGGCCCAGACUCGGCACAUUCCAGUCUACAACCAAUGCAUGUCAGCACUCGGGAAAACGGGAGCGGGCCAGGAGGAGACGGGCGACGCACUGCCCGUAAAGCACGCGCCGAGGAUGACGGACGAUAAGAGGCACGGCGACAGCUUGUGCGAGCUGGACAUCCAGUCGUACGUCGGCGAGAGACACAGCGCGGUCGAUUGCGCCGUGCGCUUGUUGAGCGGCGCAUCAGGGGUCGGCGACCCGGCUGCCAGAUGCGCUAUGCUGAUCAGCACACCCGCCGCAGCAGCAAGUACGUCAAGUUGCGUCAUGUUCGUGCAAAGAGGCGGCAGAGAGGUGCGGGUCACUCGCGGGGCAGGAGGAGGAGGAGGAGGAGGAGGAGGAGGACAGGGAGGGAAGACACUGAUACGAAGAACGAAGCCCCGUCCCAGGACCUAUCGGAUUCAAGUACCCUCGGCUUCGGCGGUGCGAGGCACGACCUGCCAGGCCCGGUCGGCUGACCCAUGUGCGCGGCAGUGUGAGAGAGUGUCCGCGGGGAUCAGAAAACACAAGGGCACUUGGGCGCUUGCGCACCGCGGCCGGACAGCUGGAAUGCGGCACUGGUACUCGCAGGGGACGCCGCCGGUCGAGGCGGGUCUCCGACGCGGCCGCGCAGACGACGACAUGGGUCCGCAGAGCAUCCCCCCGACUGUGCGUUUCAGAAGAGAGUCUAUUUCUGGUGUACAAUAGACGCCCACAGACCAAGAAGACCGGUUUAGGCCCUCAAACAUCUCGCCCUUGCUGCCACUCGAAGACAUGCUUGGACGACGGUCCACAUGCAGAGACACGUCAUGAUGUACGGACGAAUGCGAGCGUGCUACCGUACAUUGGCUGGGAUUCCUGCGAGUGAGUGUCCAAGGGUCCUGGUCCGGACCUCAUGAUGAUGAUGGUGAGAUGCAGUGCGGAAGUACG